GAAAAACUCCUGGUGAAGCAGCAGAGAUCCACGUGACACACUUUUAUAAAGAUGGAGUUUAUUAAAGAGGAGAGUGAAGAUGUGAAGAUUGAAGAAUUCAGAGUGAAACAAGAAGAUACUGAGGAACCAAUAGGCUACAUAAAACACCUGCAUGAAACAAAAACAGCAGAAGGUCCGAAAGAGACGCAAAUUCACUCUCUGACACCAGGUGGCGCUAUUGGAACAGCAGCAAUAUAGCGUUUCCUUGGUUAAUGCUGUAACCACACGGAGACCUGAGAGUCCUGAAAGAGGAGAGUGAAGUAGUAAAUGAAAUGGAAGAGAAAGAUCAUGAUUUCAUAACUGAAGAAAAACCUUUAAGCUGCUCACAGACUGAAAAGACUUCCUCAAGAAAAAGAGCUCAAAAGACAGGAAGCCUCAGUUCCCACACUAGAGUUAAUUCAAGAGAGAAGUGUUUUAAAUGUCUUGAGUGUGGAAGGAGUUUUAUUGACAUGAAACGCCUUGACAGGCACAAAACAAUUCACUCCGGAGAGAAGCCUUUCAAGUGCCAGCAAUGUGGAAAGAGCUUCAGUCAUAACCUAAGUCUCAAGACUCACAUGAAAAUUCACACUGAAGAGAGCCCUUGCAUCUGCAAACUGUGUGGUAAAAGCUUCUCACAUAAAGGAAAUCUUAACUACCACAUGAUACUUCACACUGGAGAGAAACCUUUCUCCUGCCAACAAUGUGGGAAGAGCUUCUCACAAAAAGGAAAUCUUAAGACUCACAUGCUGAUUCACACUGGAGAGAAGCCUUUUAAAUGCCAGCAGUGUGGAAAGAGAUUCAGUCAUAAAGUAAGUCUCAAGACUCACAUGAAAAGUCACACUGGAGAGAGCCCUUUCACCUGCGAACUGUGUGGGAAGAGCUUCUCACUAAAAGGAAAUCUUAAGUAUCACAUGAAAAUUCACAGUGGAGAGAAGCCUUUCUUGUGCCAUCACUGUGGAAAGAGUUUCACACUUAAAGGAAGCCUUAACAUUCACUUGAGGAUUCACACUGGAGAGAAGCGCUUCACAUGUUUUCGAUGUAAAGAGAGUUUCACAUAUCUAAAAGAUUUGCAUCGUCAUUUGCAAACUCACUCUGGAAAGAUAUUGCAGCGUUUCUCAGUGUGGUAAGAGGUUUAGAAAAAAGGCAUUUUCAAAAUCAACUUGCGGAUUCCAUCUGGAAGAAGUGGAUUCACUAUGAGCAGUUUAAUCAUUUAUUUCUCCGUUACACUUACAGAUACACCUAAAACACCUGUUAUCUUUGUACUUUUAAAUGGUUCGGGAAUUUAAAAUGGCAAAAGAAAACAUCUCUGUGAAAUCAAGUUUACGUUCAUACCACAGCUGAAUGUGCACCAUCAGAAUUUCUGCUCUAAUAUAAUCUUUUUGACGAGGCUGUGUAUAUGACGUUUUUAAUGUGGUCAAUAUCAGAUACUUUUCUAAACAUGAGUUUUAUUUGCAUCCUUUACUUUUUUAUAAUUUAGUUUUGAAGCUAUUUAUUUUCUUUUGUUAUGUACAUAUGAACACUUGUGGUCAUGCCUGACCAUUACACAUGUAAACAAAUGGGAAUCGUAUUGCAAAGUUUAUGGUACAUAAUCAGAAUUUUUAGAAUAAGAAAUUGGACUGGAUUCAUUUUGUGCAUCUAAAUAUACCAAAUGUAAAUGAAAAAUUAUAAAUAAAAGGACAAACUGAAUGAAAUAAUGGACAUUGCACUGUUAUUUGAUUUUAGUCAGAGAAAGCACAGGUAAAUACUGGUUCAUCUAGACUUGAAUAUGGCUACCGUUGGGGGUCAUCUGAUGAAACCUGGAAGCUGGUUUUGGAAGUGUGUCACUGCUGAUCCUGUCUGAAACUGAUUUGACAGGCCCUAAACAGUGGGGGAAAAAAAUCUAAAUUUUUAACUAGGUUGUGUUUUUAUAUGUUAGGGUGACAGAUCUAAAACUGUU